AUAUAUAUAUGUAUGUAUGUAUAAAGGAAUGAUAAACGGAUAUGAGAAAAAAAGAAAGGAAAAGAAAGGAAAAAAGAAAAAGUAAAGAAAAAAUAAACGCGUUGAAAAAAAGGGAAGAGCGAAAGACGGAGGGAGGGAAGAUCGAUACAGGGUGUCCAUCCUAAUAACUAUAUUAAAAAAAAGAAAAAAAAAAAAAGAGAAAAAAGAAUAAAAAAAACUUAUUAAAAAAGCGAUAUGAUUCUUAGAAACGAACAAACUUUUCAUUAGGGGGGAGGGGGGAAGUUAGUGAGAGAGGAUGUGCGAAAUACCGAGAACAAAAUCACAAAUAAAAUGAAAAGAAAAUCGAGAGCUGGGUGGGGACGGGGAAAGAAAAUAAAAAAAGAUAAAGAGAAACAAUAAAAAAGAAAAACUCGAAAAAAAAUUAAAAAGUAUAUAUAUAUAUAUAUUAUAUAUAAAAAAAGCGCACAAACUCGGCAUUAUUACUCUUUGUAGUGAUCUAGAAUGUAGGUAGACGUUGGGAGGGAUUUUUUCUUUUCUUUUCUCUUAUUUUUUUCAUUGCUUUUUCUUUUUUUCUUUUAUCUUUUCUCUUUUUUGCGAGAGCAUCGGAUUGAUCAAUCGGGAGGGGAGAAUAAACGAAAAGCGAGAGAAGAAAUGUAGGGGCUCGAUAAAAAUGUGGAUUUCACACGACGUUUUUAGUUUUUCUUUCUUUUCUUUUUUCUUCCCUCCCUUAUCUUUUAUUUCCUUUAUGUAAAAUAAUUAAAUUCAUCUUGCGCGCGAAGAAUACGUGUGAGUAAUUAUUCAUAACUUUGUAUGCGUGUGUAUUGAAAGAGAUAGAGAGAGAGAGAGAUAGAGAGAGAGAGAGAGAGAAGAAAAAUAAAAAAUAAAAGAAAAAGAAGAAGAAUAGAAGAUGUCUUCUCUCGUUAAAACGAUAAUCUUCGUAUUCUGCGUCACGGGUUCGAUCGUGACGGGUUUGAAUUUACGUGGCAGCAAAUGCGGUCAGAAAUUUUGUACGAGUGUGGAAUAUUGCAGUCGAUUCGAUACGCAAUGUAAGCCUUGCUCCACGAUUUGCGAUCCUGACGAUCACAAUCAUCAACCGGAGGACUGUUUAAAAGAUUGUCAAGGAUAUGUCUACGAUCAACGGUACGCCCUCCGUGAGGAGCUAAGCCAGUACGAGGAGCUCAGAGGAGAAGUCGACAGGCUGCGUAUUCUCUUCAGCGUAACCUUGACGUUAACGUGUUUGGCGAUCAUGGUGAUCGUCUAUCUUCUUAUCAAGACUUUUGUACGUUGCAACAAGAUAGGAAACGCGAUACAUAAUGUCUUCUCGAAAAAGUGGGUCAAGAAGGCGACUAAUAAUAACAAGGUGCAAGACGAUAUAGAAACCGGUGCGAACAACGUUAACAAACACAAUGGUCUGAAAUUGAGUAUGCCGACGAUAAGUGCGACCAUAUCUUCCUCACAGGAGACUACAAACAGCAAUGGUACACCUAACACAACGAGUACGCCCCUUUCUAGGAGACAUCCUAGCGAGGAUACCACGCUGGAUUACGCUUACGACAAUCCGGCGAUGACACCGAGCCCAGAAGCUGCACAGCUUCGGACUAAACGCGAGAGUUCCUUUUGAAGAUCCAAAUGAUCGUUCAUCAACGAUAUUAAUUCUCGAUCGAUCCUUGAUUAAACUAAACGAAGAAAAUGAAAGGAAAAGAAAAGAAGAAAAAGGACACAGUAACAUCGGCGAUCUAUUCUAUCGAUUUCCUUUUUCUUUUUUCUUUCUCUUUUCUUUUCUUUUUUUUUCUUUCAAAGACACUUUUACAUUUUUCGAUCUACAUAUUUCUCGUUCAGCUAUUUAUUGAAAAUAUUUGAAGAUGAUGCGUGGACGUAAUAUACGAUUACGUGUUUGUCGUUGCGAUCUUUUUAAAAGAGGAUAGAUAUACUCUUUUUUUUUUCUUUCUUUUCGAUUCUAACUUAUGUUUUUAAUAUUACGAGUAAAACUUAGGGAAGAGGAUAUAGGAUAUUCGUAGAUUAAGUAACGCGUUAAAUGAUGAUAGAUAAGUAGAAAGAUGGAGGAGCGACGGACGAGCGCGUUCCGUGCGUUCGCGAACCGUGCGGCUGUGUGACUUAAUAAAAUAUACAUUUUGGCGUCCAUCGGACGUCAUCGCCGGAGGAGUGCAAGCGCCCUCCUCGCGUUUAUUAGAAACAUUAUCUAGCUUUAAAUAUUAUACGUUUAAUCGAUAUUUAUUAAUUUUAGGUUCAAAUCCCUUUGAUAAUUCGUUCGAUCGCUUUAAGAAUCGUUUGAAGGAAAUAGCAAAAAAAAAAGGAUGAAAAAGAAAAAAAAAGGACAAAAAACGAAAAACAUCGACUAAAAAAAAAAAAAAAAGAGAAAAAAGAAAAAAAGAAAAGAAGAAGAACGCAAGAAAAAAAAAUCCUUAUCAGCCAUUCCGUCCAUGAAAGGCCUUACGAGCAAACGCGCACGCGCACGUUUUGCAUAGGACGACGAUUUUUGUCGACGCGAAAAACGAGGAAAAAUCCUCGGGAAUCUUAUUCAAAAACAUUGUUAUUCUCUUUAGAAAUUCUCUUUUGGAUUGUACGUGGUAUAACGCGAUCGAAAAAAUCGAUCAGACAACAACAACAAGAAGAACAACAUUAUUCUGUAUCAAUGCGUUCGCAAAUUGAUGUGAAAUUUUGAUGAAGGAUUUUUUAAGACAAAGAAAAUAAGAAGAAAAAGAAGAAAAUGAAAAAGAAAGGAAAAACAAUUCUCUCUCUCUCUCUCUCUCUUUCUCUCUCUUUCUCUCUUCAACAAAUUUAAUCAGUCCUCGUUUUUCGCGCUCGUUUUAGCGUCGGCCUUAGCGUUAAUUAAGCUAUUAUUCACGAUCAUCGCCAAGUCACGUUUAGAUAUUUAACGAGAUUAGAUGAAAAGAAAAGGGAAAAAAAGAAAAAGCAAGAAAAAAAUAAUCCGCACCCAUCUGAGCGCGCACAAACAUACUUCGAAAGAUUUUAGAUAUUAAGAUGUUCAAUCAUUUGAUCGGUUCUUUCUCGAACGAUCAACGUCUUCCAGAAACGAAGAUAUUACUUUGCCCAUGGCAGCUCAUAAUCUAUUAUAUCGAUAGAUUACAUAAGUUCACCCAUAUAUAUAUAUAUAUAUAUAUAUAUAUAUAUAUAUAUAUAUGUAUGUAUGUAUGUAUGUAUUUACCGAUCUUUCAUCCUUCUUAAUCAACAACCGUUACUUCACGUUCCUUCGGAAAUCUAUCCAAAGUACUAUUUAAGUUAUUUUAAGAUAGCGCUCUUCCGACCAUGUUUUAAUGGAAAUUCUCUUGGUUAAGGGAAGUUAUAUUUCCGUUAGCUUCUUUCCUUACCCCUUUUACAAGUUAGAAACUGAAUGAAUAUCGUUGAGAAGUAUUUACUUACUUACUUACUUACUUACUUACUUACUUACUUACUUACUUACUUAUUUAAUUCGUUCGUUCGUUCAUUCACUUUUCCAAGUAAUUUUCCUCGGUAACGAGCUUCUAAAGAAAAUUGUAUUUUAAUCACUUCGCCAUAACUCGUCUUUCGACUAAAGUUAUACGUGUGCAUAGAUAUAAAUGAUAUAAUUGUCGAUUUAGAAACAUUGUUCUUCGAUAAUCUUCUUUUCAAAUAUUUUCUUGAAAUUGUUAUAAAUAUAUAUAUUUAUAUAUAUAUAUAUAUUUUUUUUAACGUUAAUUAUAUCGUCUAAAAUCGAUUAGCGUCUCUUAUUUACUAAUAAACGGAAUAUUAAAAAUAAUCGAGUUAUGCGACCAAACGAUAUGGUCAUCCUUUCGAUUAUAUUUUAUUUAUCAUAUCUUAUAAAUUAAUCUUAUUAUCUAAAUAUAUCGAAACAUUUGAAUAAUCGUUUUUAAAACAUAGUUAAAUACUUACAUAAAUGGAGAUUGUGUUAUAUGGAAGAGCAAUAAUUAAAAAAUUGUAUAGUAGAUCGUAAGAAUAUUAGAAAGUAGAAUUAGGAUAUCAUCGUUAUCGUUUAGAUCGAAUUUUUAUCUCUCUUAAUGCAUUUCUAAUUGGUUAAUUAAUCUUUCUCUCUCUUUACUCUUAGCGUAACAAACGAGCAAUAUAUGUUAUAACACAUAUCGUUUGCAUUUGGAAGAAAGAAAAAAAGAAUAGUAACGAUUGUUAAAUUACUUUUAACUUAAGAACGUUCUACACUCUUAAGGAUCGUAUCGUAAGAAUAUAAGAUAAUGAAAAUUUCGUCGAACAUUAAAAUUAUAUAAAAAAAAAUUAUAU